AUGGAAGUGUAAUUCUGAUUAUGUUGCCUAGCCUUUAUUUACAAAUGGUGUAAUGUUCAUUCAAAAGAUACUUGGAAUAUUUAAUUAAAAUAACGUGUAUAAUCUAAAAUGAUAUUAUCUGCAACGUUUAAUUAACACAAUUAAGAAUUGUACAAAAUCUGUCAAUAUGCCUGAAGAAAAAGUGAGUGAUACAGAAGAUAAAAUUCAAUACAUACAAAGAUUGUGCUGUGGACUACAGAGUGAUAACAAACGCACAAGGAAACAAAUUCUAGUCGAUCUUGAAAAGUAUCUUUCUAGUGAACAGUUUUCUAAUCAGGAAUUGCGAGACAUUUUUAACGAAAUUCAUAUUUACACUCUAAAUGCCUUGAGAGAUAAAGCAGAGGCAGUUCGAGAGCAAGGGAUACACUUUAUGCAAUUUCUUGUAGUAGAGAAGUUACCCUUAAAUGAUUAUUACAUCACUUACGUGAUUCCAGUGCUAGUUGAACGAUUAGGGACCGUUGAAAUAGUGGAAGAGUCAGAAGAAAUUAGAUUACAAUUGGUCAAAUUUUUACAUGCGAUUAUUGAAAGAUACUCAAACACCUCACAGUUGAAACCAUUCUUAAAUGAUGCAGUCAUCAUACUAAAAGAAACUGUUAAAGACAAGUUUCCAGAUGUUAAAGAGGUCAGUUGUAAAUGUAUAGUGGAUCUGGCAAGAUCCUUACCAAGAGAUUUCCACACACAGGCCGAAAACUUAGUUAAACCCAUUGUAACUGCAUUUACUCACCAACGUUACAGAAUUCGUGUAGAAGCAAUCAAGUGCAUGGGUGAAGUCAUAUUGCAUUGCACUCAUAAAGGUUUAGAAGAUGCCUUGACCCCAAUGGCUGAAAGAUUAUUUGAUUCUAUUCCUUUAGUGAGACAAACUGUAGCGGAUGUUGCUGGUCGUUGGCUCUUAGAAUACAGAGAUAGAUAUUCUUUUUUUGCAAAACUUCUACCACUUUUAUUAACAGGAUUAAAUGAUGAAGUACCUGAAACCAGAGAUAAAUCUUAUUCAAUUUGGGUAAAAGUAGGUCUUCAGUACAUGCAAGAAAAUGAAAAGGACCUGAAAGAUCAAAUGGACUUCCUUGUAACUAUUCCAGAGCAUUAUCCAAAACAUUUGACCAGACCUAAUUUGGGAUGCAGAGCAUUAGUUAAGAGGGAAGUUGGCAAAGUAUGUCUAGCUUUAAGUCGAGAAUUAAGUAAAAGCUGGCAAUAUGACGUAAAAAUUCGUUGUAGUCAGCUUUUAUGCUCAAUUGCAUUACAUGCUGAGGAGGGAAUAACUCAACAUUUACAAGAUAUUCUACCUGCAAUGUAUAUCACUGCUAGAGACGAAGAUGAUAAAGUCGUUGUGAAUCUUGUUCAAGCAAGUGAAUUAAUGGGUCUUUUCGUUCCUGUUGAAGCAUGGUUGAAGCUUAUCCUUCCAGCAAUUGAAGAUGGCCCCCAUUAUGGUCAUUUAAUAGUGUUGACAGGAUUCAUUGAAGGGGCACCCCAACAACAUAUCAGACCCCAUCUAAAGGAAAUUUCAACAUUAUUAGCAGACAAGACAUUUUGUCAGAGUCGAAAAGUGAAAUAUCAACGAGAAUUAACGAAAUGUAUAAAAGUAAUUAUGAAAAAAUGUAAUAACGAUGAUCAGGAAAUUGGUAAAGAUAUUUUUGUUAUUGCAAUAACAUUGAUUGCCCUUAAAGACAAAGAAAACGACACAAUAAUUGAUUAUACCCUGCUUGAUGACCUUUAUAAGUGUUUAGGACUUAAUUCGUCUUAUGAACUCUGGCAUAAAUACACGAAAAAUGUAUUGGAUGUUGUAAAUAAAGACCCCAAAAUGUGGACAAUUAAUACAGCUGAAAGAUGCAUGUUUGAUGUCGUACUUCUUAAAUCAGAGAAAGCUUUUGGAGAAAAUUUAGAAAUCAUUUCUGGCAUACUUGGGGAAUGUUUAAAUCCCGAUGUGGACGCAGAAGCCAGGUUGAAGACAUUCAUUGCACUUUCUAUAGCUUUUGAGAAUAAAAAGACCAUCUUUGAAAACGCCACGGAUCUUAACACGUUUUUAAUAAAAUUAGUCGAUGAUGUGUUGGUUCCCACCCUGGUAUGGCACGCGGGUAGAACAGCAGAAGCUAUGCGUACGAUGGCUGCCACAUGUUUGUCUAGUGCCCUUAAUCCUGGUAAAGAUAAUUUUAGACUGUUUUCAUCUUUUGAAGUUUUCCGACCUACGUUCGAUAAGCUUUUGCCACUUCUGUUCACCUUAAUGGAGGACAACUCGUAUAAAAGUAGACUAUUAGCAGUGGAAAACGUUACCCUUCUCAAAGAGGCCGCUGUACAGUUGGGAUGUUGGGAAAUUAACGAUUUUGUCAAGAUUUAUCCUGAAGUUUUAAAAAGAUUGGACGAUCCUAUAGACAAAGUACGCAUAAGUACAUUGAAAACUUUGCCCACAAUGUUCGCCAAUGUGCCAUCAGAUUUGGAGAAAACCACAUUCAAAAGUCACUCUGAACACAUAAUAAACACACUUUUAACACACUUUGAUGACAACAGUGAACAAGUAGCAGAAUUAAUUUUUGAAUGUCUGAAAGUUGUGGCGGUAUUUAAUGGGAAAUUUCUUCGCGAAAAAGUGGAAAGAUUCAAGCCUUUGCUUCGCAAUAAGAAGGGUUGUGAUGAUAUAUUAAACUAUUUAUCAGAAAACGAAACUAUUUAUACUUAGCUAAUUGAAAAAGUUGUUUAUCUAUUGUGUUGUUUGUGCACGUUUAAACAAUAAAACUAGUCAAAUUGGUA